AUGUCGGUAGCGCCAGUUAUAGUAGCGGCUUCUGCAAAACAUACAGCCACAAUAAUAUUUUUGCAUGGACUUGGUGAUACAGGACAUGGUUGGUCAUCUGCCAUCUCGUCAAUCAGGGGACCUCAUGUCAAGGUUAUAUGCCCAACUGCACCAACUAUGCCAGUAUCAUUAAAUGCUGGCUUUCAAAUGCCGAGUUGGUUUGAUUUAAAAUCAUUGGAUGCAAAAGGACCUGAAGAUGAAGAAGGUAUUAGAAAGGCAGCGUUAGGAGUUCACGAAUUGAUAAAUAAUGAAGUUGCAGAUGGAAUAGAACUUAACAGAAUUAUGUUAGGAGGAUUUUCACAAGGAGGAGCUUUGGCUUUAUACUCAGCUCUGACUUAUCCAAAAAAACUGGCUGGUGUUAUGGCUUUAAGCUGUUGGCUUCCACUGCAUAAAUCUUUUCCAGCAUCUGCCGUUCAAGGUAAUACAGAAAUUCCCAUUAUUCAAUGUCACGGAGACAGUGAUCCCAUUGUGCAAUAUAAAUGGGGCCAAAUGACUGCAUCCUACUUGAAAUCGUUUUUAAGUAAUGUCGAAUUUAAAACAUACAGAGGAAUGAUGCAUAGUUCAUCGGAAGAAGAAAUGAGCGAUUUGAAAGAAUUUAUUAACAAAAUUAUGCCCCCAAUUUAA